CACGCCGACGUCGUCGGUGCACCACGCCAGAAGGAAGCGAAUGCAAAGUAGCGGCGACGUGGUCAGGCUCGGGCACGGUUUGCGGGCUGUGUGGUCAUCGCCAUCCGCCGCCGUGCCCUCGAGGCACGAGUUGGAGCGUCCUCAGGGACUUGAGCAGCACAGCAGUUCACAGCGUCACGAACGACAGCGAGAGCGUCGUCGUGACCGCGAAAGUGGUGCUUGUCGGGGGCGGCCAAGAUAAGAGGGGGGUGUCCAAGAGGGUCAUCACCCCACUCUUUUCCGCCCCCGAGCUUGGCUGUAAGCGCUCGCCUGGUGCGCUGGCCCGGUGCUCUCGCCUGGCCCUCGAGCAGCUCAGAGCUCGAGGAAGAGUUGGCUGCAAGACAUCGGCGACCGGGCGACUGGCAGAGGAGAGCACCAGCACGGCACCAGGGGCCGAGCCGGGAAGGGCGCGGCCGACGGCAGGGGAAGGGAGGCAGGGGAAACCAAGAGGGAGAGAGACAGAGAGAGAGAGAGAGAAGAAGAAGGAAUGAUCCCAGGCACGGUGGCGGGGUGGGCUGGAGGCCACUCGAUGAACCAACAACGUCACACGCUGCGGCCUCCUGGGCGGCACCCGAGGCGCCGCCACGCGGAAGGGCUGCACCGGCACAGUGGCGGCACCCGCCACACGCAGCCAGAUGCUUUUCCUGCGCCACUUGACCAGGAAGCUCGAGCCGACAGCGAGCGCGUCAGAUCAAGCACCGAAUUUCGCUGGUGUCCCUGCUGUCGCCCUUCAUGGUGGUAUCACCUGUGUACCAUAUGCCUUCAAUGACAGCUACUGCGGCUGGCAGGUAGAAGCAAGUUCGCAAUGCGACGUUUGCUGCAAACUCAGGUGUUAUUCGCGUGCCCACCAGCUCUAUGCCAAUCGUCCGCUUUCUGAGAUAAAACGACAGUUGAUGGAAAGCGCUCUCUUCCGAAUCAUGCUUCAAUUCAUGUUCCACCAUUCUGAGAACUAAAUUUGCCGUAAGAUUACUAGAUCCAGGCCUGCUGUUACUACACUUCUCGGAGAUGCGUCCCAAACGGUAUAGAAUAGCACAGCCGCAAAUAGCUGACAGGAUACCAAGAACCUGUGCGCACUUUCUCGAAGCUUCGUCUGGGUGGACGAUUCCAAUAAAGCCGAAUCCCACUGUGAGCAAGAAGAGCAUGGAGAUGCGAAAUAUGAUCAAUCGUCCGAGACAAUUCCAAUCGAAGGUGUCCGCCAACAGAAAAUCUGUCGCCUUCACUAAGUCCAGCAGCCUUUGCCAAGAGAUUGGCUGGGUACGCAUGUCUUCCACCUCCUUAACGACCCCAGCGACAACUUCACGCACGGCUACAGUGCCGACUUCUUCCACCAUGGAAGGUCCAAUGAAGAGCAUGCCGAUGGACCAAGUGAAGACGCUGAGCAACCCCCAAAUGUCAAUCUGUAACCAAACUAGCACUGGCGCAAACAUACCCGAUAGAAAAGUAACGGGCCACAAUACAUACGAGAAAAACAUGUGUGCACUGCCGAACCUCAUAUUCAGAUUGUAGCGGUACGCAACGCUGAGCGUCCGCUCCAAGUGAACGUUGCUACGUCUCGCCAUGUUGGGGAGAAUCACGCCAAGCGCGAAGUAAAGGAACGCCGCAGCCCAAUUCUGAAAUAUCUCCAGCAAUUCAGGCUUGAUUUCAUGGAAAAACGUGCCGCGGGAUAAAAAAUGCCUCACCAGGUUCCCGCGCUGCGGAACUAGCAGUCCAUGGAUCAGGAAGGAUGCUGAACUCAUGCUGCUCAACGCUGAAACAAAUAAUCGGCCAGAAACGCUGAAGCGAGAAGAAAGGUUCAACUCCGCCAGUACGUUGACCUUGAAUACGCCGAACACGUCAAAACCGUUAAGUAUGCCUACGCGCGUCCCCACGUGCGAAUAAAUCGAGGAAUCGUCGCCUGAUCCGUCUGAGCUUGAGACUUGCUCUGCGUGCAAGGGUAUGACCGAGACCGGCGACCCGAACCAGGUCCAUAAUCUGGCACUGGUCGCCCUCUGAUGUCGAUCCAAGUCAAUUGUUGUCAGGUGAAGAGAGUCUUGUGCGGGGUCCGCCGAAUCAGACAUUCCCAGCACGGCCACGGUGCUUCAGGCAGAGCUGGAACCGCUUUGCCACCCCAGGGGGGGGGGCGAGAGCAAGUUCGCCGCCUGCCCCCGCGGAAGACUUGAGCCAAAAUUGCU